UCAUUCAAUUUUAAUUCAACUCAUUUUCAAAGAGGAGUUACUUUCUUUUAUUCUUUGUAUUAACUAUUUUAAGAGAUUUAGCUUAUGUAUUGUGAUAUUUACUUUAUAAAUCUCCUAUUAGUUAUCGUAGCUAAGGAAUUAUAAGGUAUUGAAACCAGUUACCUGAACACUAGAAAUACUCGUUAGAGAUCAUCUGUGACAGAUCGAUUUGGCGUACUUUAUAAGUUGCAGGUUAUAUACGCUUUAUAUUGUUUUCCGACUGUGUAUUAGUUAAAAAUGGACAUGGAAACCAUGGAUGUCGCGCAAGAAAGCACAUCGACGGCAUCGACGCCUGCAACGGAAAAUGGUCCCGAUAAAAACGUGACGGCAGAAGAAAUGACUUCCCGGGAUUAUUAUUUCGACUCAUACGCACAUUUUGGUAUCCACGAAGAAAUGUUAAAAGAUGAAGUCCGUACCCUCACAUACAGAAACGCUAUGUAUCAUAAUAAGCAUCUUUUCAAAGGAAAAACAGUUCUAGAUAUCGGCUGCGGGACAGGUAUCCUGUCCAUGUUUGCCGCCAAGGCUGGUGCGGCGAAGGUUAUUGCGGUAGAGUGUUCAAACAUAGUAGACUAUGCUCGCAAAAUCGUUGAGGCUAAUAGACUUCACGAUGUAAUAGAAAUUGUUAAAGGAAAGGUAGAAGAAGUUAUUCUGCCGGUAGAUAAGGUAGACAUAAUAAUAUCAGAAUGGAUGGGCUAUUGUCUGUUCUAUGAGAGUAUGUUGGAUACAGUUCUGUAUGCAAGGGACAAGUGGCUUAAGCCUGAUGGUAUGCUGUUCCCAGACAGAUGCACAUUGUUUAUUUGCGGAAUUGAAGAUCGUCAGUACAAGGAUGAGAAGAUUAACUGGUGGGAUGAUGUUUAUGGUUUUGAUAUGUCUUCAAUAAGGAAAGUUGCAAUUUCUGAACCACUUGUUGAUGUUGUUGACGCCAAGCAGGUUGUUACAAAUUCUUGCCUAUUGAAAGAAAUUGAUUUAUACACCGUCAAGAAGGAGGACCUGAACUUUGAAUCCAAGUUCCACCUUCAAGUACGUCGCAAUGAUUUUAUCCAAGCCUUGGUGACAUUCUUCAAUGUGGAGUUCACCAAGUCACACAAGCGACUGGGUUUCAGUACUGCACCCGAGGCGCCCUACACUCACUGGAAGCAAACUGUCUUCUACUUUGAUGAGUACAUGACGGUGAAAAAAGGUGAGGAAAUAACCGGAACGUUCUCAAUGCGUCAGAACGCUCGUAACAACCGUGACCUGGACUUUGAGGUGGAAAUCUCAUUCAAAGGCGAGCUGUGCCAGGUCCAGGAGAAGAAUCACUACAGGAUGCGCUGAAAAAUAUUACAGUGCAUAGACAUAACCGUAACAAUAUGACCAUUCAAUAAAGUUUAUUGUAAUUCUGCUCGGAAAUUGAUGAUUUAAGAAAUCAUUAUACCAGACUGUGUACUUGCAAAGUGUUCUAACUUAAUUCUUAAACGUUUCUGUAACAUCCCGGGAGAAAUAAUCUAGUUGAAAUAAUGACAAAACAAACUUCUGUGAAGUUUAAGAUAAUAUUUAAUGGUGUAUUAGUUUUGUAAUAAUAAAAGUUUAGAAAAUUUUGUUAAAAUGCUAUUCAAUUACACAGCUCGAUCAAUUCUUAAUUCUUCAUUGUUUUUAAUUUAAGAGCAAUUAUGUAUCGUAUUACGUGGAAGAUGCAUAUUUUUUUAAUGAAAUUUGUUUUAAAAUAACUCUUAAUAAAAUAUAGUAUCUCAUUUCUCAACGGAGAUUUUGUUAAGUGAGCAAGGGGACUAUUUUGCAACCAUAAGAAAUGGUCUUGUGCUGUUUGGAAUGUCAUAAAUUCACUAGUGAUUAUUGAUUUUAUACAAUACAUUUUUUAUAAGUAUUAUAAUUACAUUACAUUAAUAGUUUGUACGUGUUUGAAUAAACAGUUCAACUAACAUUGCUAUUAUCUUCAGUCAUCAUAAUUGUAGACAUCAUUACCAGUCACAUUUUUGAUUUUCACUUGUUCUCUAUCUUUGUACAUGCUAAGAUUUAUAUUAAGUUUACAGGCAAUUAUUUGAGGUACAAUUUGAUUUACAAUACACAAAGGGAAAAUCUCAUUUUUUAAUAUAGACAUGAAUAUACUUGCCCGAUUAAACAAAUAAUAAAACUCAUGCAAGUCCGUAUUGUAAAAAGAUCCUUGCCGUUCGAUUGAGCCAAUAUUGUGAUCCUGGUGUUAAAUUUAACUGUGAAGGUGUGUUCAAUCCCUGAGGUCAUAGACAAGUGCAUUUUAUUUCAUCGAUAUAUUUUUAAAUCGAUUUGAUUGUUAAAUCUCCAGUUCAGAAAAAAAGAUGAAUCUGACUAUAAUCUCGUCAUUAUUUUUUAAUCUAUCAAUAUACAACAUUUAAUAGUGCAGGAGCUUAAAGGCAGUAAUUUAAUUCCAAAGGUGUGCUAUUAUCUGUAGUCAGUGAUUUUAUAAUAAUGUGAUUUAUGCAUGUCACGAUUUGUGUAUGUUAUGGGUUUAUAAAUCAAUCGUCUCAUAAAGAAGUUUCUUGAGCAUGCAAUAUCAUUAUUGCCCUUGUGAUAUUGUAUACCAUUUCUAUAUGAGCUAAAAUACUAUAGACAUAAAACAUGUGAUUAGUUUUGAGUGCAAAUUUUAUGAAAGAUGAUUUAAAUCGAAACAUUUAUUAAACCAGUAUGACAAGAUCUAAUAGAUUUGAAGUUGCUUUUGUUAUUUUUAAUAAGUUACAAGAAUCCUGGUAUUGUAAGUGUCCAUCUUAUAUAUUAUCAUAUGAACCGUUAUAUAUAUGCAUCUUGAUCUAUCAUAAAACUGAAAAGUGUUUAAUGUUCUCAAAAAAAAUAUGCUCCAAAUCUUAGGAGAGUAAGUCUGUUCAGCCGUGGGGUUUUCAAAGUCUGUUACAUGACUUUUUUUAAUCAAACUGUAAUAAAGGAAACAUUCUUCGUAUGCCGAUAUGUAUGUAUGUAUGUGAAAUGUAAAAAAAUUACAAUAGCUUUUACACGUUUUAGAAUAUAAAAUAGAAUGAGUAGACUAGUGUUAUGUUGUCAUGUUGAGACGGUACGACGAAGGAUAGGUAAGGGAUGAAAUUGCAUACACAUCCCUGGGAUAAUGUUAGUCUUGUUAUAGUGAGCAACUUUCACUAAGCAUAUUAAAAAAAUGUUCAAAAAUCUAAACCAAAAAAAUAUUGUAACAAUAUUUUGCCCUAAUAACUAAGUUAUUAGCCAUCUAAACUGUUUUUAAUCUUAAUCAAGUCAUAUUGUUACGAGGACUUGUACCUCAGCCUAUAAAACUAGACUUAAAAAUCUAGAAAUAAUUAAAGGCCAAAACAUGAUUUGAAAUAAGCUUCAUUUUAUUGUACCGUAGCAAAAUGUGAUGUUUUGCACCGAUUAUGUAAGAAAAGAUAGUUUUUGUAUCUUAGUAUUAAGUAAAACUAGUUUUACGGUU